GAGGAGAGUUGAGCGGCGGAGUGUUUUACUACACGUGAGUUUUGUUUAAUACAUCGUCGUUUUAUUAAGAUUCCCCGGGAUUACUCACAGCACUCGUCGAAGUUGGAUUGGAUAUUAAAGGGAGGAACAACUACGGAACAAUUAACCUUUUCUCCCAUUGUUGUUGGAAAAGUGAAGUGUACAAAGCGUGUCUUUGUUACCCAUAGUUGGAUUAUGAGUUCUGCAGGUUUAAGGAAGGUGGAGACCCUCACAGGCCUGAACUAGCCUCCACUCUCUUAAACAUUAUGGCCUCAGGCCAGCCACACUGGGAUCAACACCAUGACCAUGACACCAUGGAUAAGCUGUUUUAUGGAUUUGGUUCGGAGUCCAUGGACCACAGCUCGAGAAUGUAUCAACAGAACUCUGCAAAUCUGGGCUUUGAAAGAAGGACGUCUGGCUCUUGUUCUCCUCAAUGUCUAUCUCCCAGGACUCCCAAUCCUACACAGCUGCUGUUUUCCUCUCAGUGUCACCCAGCUGCGGGAGACCAGGUGGUUCCAUCCUUAGAGAAACUGUCUGUUUAUGAACACAUACCCCCUUGUUCACCCAGGAGAACAACUAAGCCCCUCCCACCCCUCCCGGACAUAGGUGACCUGUCCUCUGAUGAAGCAGAAGACAACGAGGUGGAGUUUUUUUCCAGCACCUCUGAGAGCCAGAGUUUAGUGCCUAAAACCUCGUCUUUCCAGCAAGGCUUACAGGGGAGGCGCAGUUUUCGGGGAAACGGUCAGAUAAACUUUGCAUAUCAUGAAGGGUUUCAAGAACAUCAAUGCGGGGUGAAGCCUCAGUGGGAGCAGACAGUAACCCAGAACCAAGACAGACCCCAGCGCCAGCUGCAUCGCUCCUAUUCCGGCCCUGCAGGAUCCUUAAAGGGCGCAAACUUCAGGCCAACCAGCCUUCACCAUUCUCCGCAUAGCCACCCACAGGAGAAACCCGAAGUCCCGCCUCGCAUCCCAAUCCGUCCUCGCUUCAGUGAGAGCGUGGACAGCAGGCGGCUGUCAACAGAUGACUUCGAUGCGGACAAACCUCCCAAAGUGCAGCCCAGGGAGCCCAACCCUCAGGUCAUACCACGUACCAUUAGUCCAAAAAGUCUCCCGAUUUACAUCAAUGGGGUAAUGCCUCCUACUCGAAGCUUUGCUCCCUAUCCGGAGUAUGUCAGUAAGGCUCAAUACAAGCAGAGCUGUGAGGGCUUGCCGGCUCCUCGUAGCCCCUGUAUUCUACCAAUCAUGGAAAAUGGGAAGCAAGUCAGCAGUACCCAUUACUUCCUCCUCCCUCAUCGGCCCGAGUACUUGGACAAGUUUGAGAGGUUUUUCAAAGAAUCAGACUUCUAGUGGUUAUUAGUGAUUGAGUGUUUAGAAACUGAAGUUGUUUGCAUGUUUAAAGUGGAAAUAUGGAAGGCUGGAUAUGAACUGAUAUGUGGUUUGACUGAACCGAUUCAUCAGUGUUAUGAAUUACUGGUCUGUUUAGGGAUUGGAUAAGUAUGUCUUUGGACUACACACACUUCACGAGUUCACCCUUACAUCUAAUCUGAAGGCAAAUAGUAGGCAUAUUUUGGCGUGCUGUCCUGGGGGAGGGGUCCGGGCCCGGAGCAUAGCCCGAACCCAAAUAACUCCCCCUAUCCCUAAUUUGGGAUAAAUAGAUUAGAAGUGAGGAGUUGGGGUGGAGGAGGGUUGCCGAAAAACUGUCGUGGGACAGGAGGUAGGAAGACUGGAUAUAUAUACGCUUGCGUGCUAUUUAAGAUUAUUAGCUAAACGAGAUGAACCUGUGCCAAAUUGGAUGAUUAUCUGAUCGUGCUUCUCCCGAACUUUGUUAAUAAAACCACAUAAAGUAUUGGUUUACCACUGCUGGAAACUGCAGAACAACUCUGAAAGUGACUUAUUUGUAGGGAUGCAUGAUUAAUCGAAAUGAAACUAAAGUUCGUGAUUUUGACUUGGAAAAAAUUAUGUUACAGUCUCCCUGUGGUUGAAAUUAUGACAAUUAGUACCAUAAUUUUACAGUUGUUCUUUAAAACAACAAAAUUUUUUUUAAUAUAUUCUAUUUUACAGUGAACUAUUACAAUAGUAAUAUUCCCUGCUUGUAUUAUUGGUCUUAUUAUUUAGUCAUAUUGAUAAGUACAACAAACCUGCAGCUUUUUUAAAUUACAUUUUAAAUUAUCAUUCUUUUUAUUAUUUUUUUAAUUGUGCUGACCUAUUUAUUGAUUUCCUUGCUGUAUUGUUAAAUUGGAGUGUGCAGUAUCCUUUUAUGAAGGAAUGGGAUGAACUGUUGCACUGUUAACACUGUGUAACCAGAGUAUAAGCUGGUUUUAUUUUGCCUUCUCUGAAACAUGCAAUGGUAUAGAUGAUUUGUUUUGUUUUUUUGUUUUUUUUUAAGAUAUUAUACACCAACAGUAUACAUUCAGAUUUUGCUGAAAAAUAACUGAGUAAAAGAAUAGUAUUAGCAAUAACUGAAUAAUAAACAGCUGCUGGCUUUUUUCAUGUCAUUUCAUGCCAUGUUAUUUACACCAAUAAGAAGUGUGGUGGUCAAAACUGUCAGUAGUAAUAUAGUGGCAUAAAUGGAAAUGACUUGGCCCAUGGGUUUGUAUUAUAGUCUUCAAGUGAAGCAUGCAUUUUGCUUUCUUUUUUGACCAUUCAAGAUUUGACAAAAAAUAUAAAAAAAUAAAGACUGGCUAAUAAGUUUUUUAAAAAGACUGGCAUUUCUAGUCGCAUUUAGCUAAGUGCAAACAGACUAAUUUGUGUUAAAGCAUUUUUUCCUUCGGUCAUGUCUGUUACAAAGGCAGAAAUGCCACUGCCUUGCCGUUUGGUGUCCAAAUGUGGGACACUUGGUUUUAUUGGGUAGUUGGUGAACUUGCAUCUUUAAGCUAUUUACCAUGAAGUUAUAAAAGCCUAAAACUGAUCCUGGCCUUGAGCUGCAUGCGUUUCGUACCAAACAUUGAGCACACUUGUUUUCUUUGAUUAGACUUUUUAUAAUCUCGACAUUAUCAGACCUGUAACUGUUUAUGUUUGUGUGAGCUACUUCUGUUUUGUCCAUUCAACAAAAUGACUUGGAUAUUUUCUGUGUGAAGGCUCAUGUUAAUGUACUUUGUUUCAUCUGCUGAGGAAACAUGCACUUCUGAAAUGUACAGUAUUGGUGUAGUUUUUCACACCAGACUAUUUAAAUAAAGUAACUUAUUUAUACAGA